UCUUUCAUGUUAAUUAUGGCAAGAAAAUGGGAAGGGAGAUUUUUUAACCCAAGCCAUAACAUUCAGAGGUAUGGCAGCAUACUCCUUUAAUCCCAGCAGAGGCAGCAGGAUCUCUGAGUUCAAGGCCAGCCUGGUCUACAUAAUGCGGCCCUGUCUCAAAAACAAAACACAAACUGUAACAUCAGUGACCAGCUUGUCGCCAUGCAGUAGUAAGAUCUGGCGAUGCUCUUGUCCUGCAGGUGUGGCACCUCUCAGAAGAGAAGCAAAUCAACGUAUGCUCCCAGCUGGAUUGGAAACGUGCACUCGCUGUCCAUCUCUGGUAUUUCCUCCCACCAACAGCCUCCAUCUCCAGGGCUCUCAGCAUGUAUGAAGACGCCUUUCAGAAUACUUGUGAGGGUGAUAAAUAUGCCUGUUCCCCUCUUCCUUCAUACCUGGAGGGUUUUGGCUGUAUGGUAGAAGAAGAAAAAGACUCCCAGAGACCACUUCAGGAUGUUUGCUUUCAUCUCCUAAAACUCUACAGUGACAGACACUAUGACCUGAACCAGCUGUUGGAACCCCGAAGCAUAACUGCAGAUCCCUUGGACUACCGCCUAAGCUGGCACCUUUGGGGAGUGCUUCGUGCCCUUAACUACACCCAUCUCUCAGAACAGUGUGCAGGUGUGCUACAAGCCAGUUAUGCUGGCCAGCUGGAAAGUGAAGGACUCUGGGAGUGGGCUGUCUUUGUCUUCCUGCACAUUGACAACUCCGGCAUGCGGGAGAAGGCUGUUCGAGAGCUGCUGACAAGGCACUGCCAGCUGUCGGAGACCCCUGAGUCUUGGGCUAAGGAGGCUUUCCUUACGCAGAAGCUUUGUGUGCCUGCUGAGUGGAUUCAUGAGGCCAAAGCAGUUAGAGCACACAUGGAGUCCAAUAAGCACUUGGAGGCCCUCUACUUGUUUAAAGCUGGUCACUGGAACCGCUGCCACAGACUCCUCAUCCGGCACCUAGCUUCUGAUGCCAUUAUUAAUGAGAACUAUGACUACCUGAAAGGAUUCUUGGAAGAUCUGGCACCUCCGGAGCGCAGCAGCCUGAUUCAGGACUGGGAAACAUCUGGGCUUGUUUACCUGGAUUAUAUCCGGGUAAUUGAAAUGCUCCACCACAUUCAACAGGUGGAAUGCUCAGGUUAUGAACUAGAGCACUUACAUACCAAAGUGACUUCACUGUGCAACCGGAUAGAGCAGAUUCCGUGUUACAAUGCCAAGGAUCGCCUGGCUCAGUCAGAUAUGGCCAAGCGUGUAGCCAACUUGCUUCGAGUAGUGCUGAGCCUUCAGCAUGCCCCUGAUGCCGCCUCCAACUCGACGCCAGACCCUCAGCGAGUUCCUUUGCGUCUCUUGGCUCCCCACAUUGGCAGGCUUCCCAUGCCUGAGGACUAUGCCUUGGAGGAACUGCGUGGCCUCACACAGUCCUACCUUCGAGAAUUGACUGUUGGGAGCCAGUGAGCCUGGCUCUUGUCACCACACUCACGCCCGUUCACACUCACCACACAGCAGUCCCCAGCACUGUUGGCAUUGACACUUUGCCCGUCUCUGGGCUGACUGUGGAGUCCUCCGUCCCUUUCUGCUGCCCCAAGCAGCAUCCUCUACUUGGUCAGGGCUUUUCCUAACCCUGAACAUAGCCUGUGAUAGUGCACAAGGGCUUCUAGAACCAAAAAAAAAAAAAAAAAAAAAAUCACCAUUUGCCAACCUCAAGACCAUUCAAUUUCUUUUUCUUUUGAAAAAUGGUCAAUAAAACGUCUUUGGCAGAACCUCACAAAAAACAGGGAACUCUUUCCUACAACCAGAGUUCUGAAUCUUGUGUGUAACACACACACACUCCCAUGCCAACUUCUAACCUCCACCACUUUCAGCCCUUUUGUACCAUUAUUGUCUGAGGCAGGUAAGACAUACCUGAUAAGUGACUGGCUGCCCUUCCCUAACAGAUUUGUCCCCAUGAGGAGCAGUGGUUCGGGGAGUCAGCGAGCGUGCGACCUUACUCUUCGACAUGUCUGAGAUAGAAGGCUGUCUGCCAUAGAGGCAGAGAUCUUCAAGGCUCUUGUGUCCUCACCUUGCAUAUCCCGUGGAUGUCCCACUACCAUGUGCAGAUGAGGUCUCUGCCCUUGAUAAUCAGUCCUCCUCCUGCAUUUGCCAGAGGACUUUGGGGGUUUCUCCCUGCCCUCCCAUCUAGCCAAGAACAUCUCCACCAUUCAUCCACCCUCCCAGAAGCUAAAACUGUCCCUGGGGCAGGUAGAAAAGGCCUUCACCACAUUGCCGCCAGCUGUGGGAAGUCCCAGGCACUGGCCUGAGACAGCUGAUAUUUGGGGCUGUCACAGACAAUAUGGCCACUGCUGGGUCUUUAUGCAUGAAGAUUAUGUAAAGGUUUUUAUUAAAAAAAAAAAAAAGUAUAUAUAUAUAUAUAAAUGAUCUAGAUUAUUUUCCUCUUUCUGAAGUACUUUCUUAAAAAAAUAAAAUGAAAUGUUUAUAGUA